GCGCAUGCGCAGAGCACUCCACGUGCGGGCGGCGCGAGGUGCGCGGCCAUGGCGGGGCGGGAGCGGCUGCGGGGCGAGCGGCCCGUGACCGUGCUGCACCUGUGCUGCUUCCUGUGGGCACUCUUCUCGCUCUGCCAAAACGUGGGGCUGCCUAACUCCCCGCGCCGCGACAGCGAGACCACCUACGGCGGCCGCUGGAAGUACCUCACCUUCCUCAACCAGAUCCUGCAGACGGUGCUGUUUGGGCUGUGCACGCUCAUGGAUGCAGUGCACAUGUUCCUGCCGACCCGGCAGAGGAGCAUCUCCCGGCUACUGCCCCUGAAGGACUUCAUCUUCUCCGUGCUGGUCUUUCCCGUUGGCCUGUUUGUAGCCAUAACAUUUUGGACCCUCUAUGCAUAUGACAGAGAACUUGUAUACCCAAAAGAGUUGGAUGAGGUUAAUCCAUCUUGGCUUAAUCAUACUAUGCAUACCACUAUAUUGCCACUACUACUUAUAGAACUGGUUAGCUGUCCACAUAAGUAUCCGCAUAAAUUGAAGGGAAUAAUAGGACUCAGCAUCUUUGGUUCUUCAUACCUCACUUGGAUAAUAUGGGUAAAUCACGCCUCUGGGAUUUGGGUGUACCCAAUUUUAGAAGUGCUAGGCAGAGCUGGAAAGGCACUGCUUUUUUUCACUUGCUACUUAGAAAUGGUAGGCUUCUACUUCCUUGGGGACAAGCUAACAAAGUUGUUAUGGGGUGAGACCCACAAACAUAAGAAGUAAGCAUAGAGAGAUGCUGGAAAACAGGUCGUACAGUGCAAAUAUAUUUAUGAAUGUA